UAUGUUUUGGAAAUCCCUGAUUUGAGUAUCAACGCCUAAAACCCAAGCCAAAGCCCAACCUCCCUCACUCUCUAGUCAACAACCACACCAUGGCCGCCUUCGCCGCCAGAUCAGCCUUCCGCUCGGCCGCGCGCAGCGCCUCCGCGACUAUAUCAGCCGGCGUCAAGCCUAGGGCGGCUCCCUCUCCAUUCCGCGUCCCAUCGCAAACUCCGCUCUCCGCUCGCAUUUUCAGGUCUCCCGUUGAGUUGAGCUGUGUUAGCGUAAUGUCGAUGUUGCCGCACCACACCGCCACCGCCUCCGCCGUCCUAAAUUCUAUGCUAUCCCUCGCGCCUCGCGGCCACGGUUGGAGCAUUGAAGGGUUAUGAUUCCUGCUCAUUGGCUGAUUUGAGGCUUGAAGAUCGGUGAUUGUUGAGAAUGUGUUGAGAUGGCCAGCGUUUUGUGAUUUGUUGUCGAUGGACAUGUAAUACUACUUCAAGAGACAUCAUUUCUGCUUCGUCGUUAAAGCUAUUCUUUUAUAAUCCUUGUAUUCAUCUUCUCCAUUCUCUGUCUUUCUUUGAAAAAAUGUUUCGACAUAUGAUCCUACAAAUAAUUGCUUUUAUGUACUACUUGGUAUCUAUAAUUCUUGUUUGAGGGUUUGGAGAAUGUAACAACGUUCGAUAACAGAUUGAAUGUAUUGUGACAUUAUUUCACUAUUAUUAAUAUUAUUACAGCUCAA